AUGGCCCCUCAGACCCCCAACAUGUUCCCAACACCACAGACUCAGGAUCCUGCCCCUCCAACAGAAUCGGAUGUAAGUGAGGUGUCCGGUGCACUGGAUGCGGCAGAAGCAUCAGCCAACUCGGGCACAGCAGAAGCAUCAGCCAACUCAGGCGCAUCAGAAGCGUCAGCUUCAUCUGCUUCAUCAUCUUCAUCGGCUUCAGCCGCCGCUUCACCUGCUGCACAAGGAGGAAAUCCUUCACAACAAACGGAGCAAGAAAGGGCUCAGCAGAAGUCAAAGAACGAUGAACGCCGAGAAGAUCGAGUGAAAGGCCGGAAAAAGGAAAAUAGCGAGGAUUAUUACUACUACUAUACAGAGGAUCUUGCUCCACAAGGACAAGGAGAAGGUGACCCAGACGAUAUUCUCUACGACAACCAUGGAGCAGAAAACCAGAAUCAACAGCAAACGGUGGAACAACAGCAAACCCAGAGUGAAAUGGUGCAACAGCAGCAAGCGCAGAGUGAAAGAGUGAACCAGCAACAAACACAAAGAGAAAGAGUGCCGGAAAACAAUCAGAGAGGCGAACAGAGGCCAAGCCAAAUGCGAGAAGACACAAAAGAAGAUGUCUGCCCUAAAAUGUACCAGAACACCAGAGGUACUGCUCCAUUAGCUACUAUCGUCACGUUCACAAGAAAGGCAAAUUUCAAGUCUCAGUGA